AUGACUACAUUGAAGAAUUUGAAACAGCUGAUAAUUUCUCUCGAAAAUAUGACCAUGAGAAAGAAGAAGAGAGAACGUAGUGAUAUCAUCCAUCUUCAUGGCUCAGAAGACUUUUACAUCAAGCUUAAACUCAUCCUCCGUCGGAAGUGCCACCGUGUCUUCUCAUUCAUAUCCGCCGUGUCCGGUUGUCUUCUCCUCUUACUCUUCUCCGUCUCCGUUUUCUUCCCUCCGCCUACCGCUACUAAUCUCUUCUUCCCUCGCCACUCUUCCGUACGUCACUCAACACUGCCAUCUCCUUCAGCGGCGUUUCGAGUUCCGGCAAGUGGAGGGAAUUUAAGUCGUGAUUUAUGGAGUUCGAGUCGAUCAAAGUUCUAUUAUGGAUGCAGCAACGCCUCGAACAAGUUUCAAACUGCUGAUGUGAAAACACGUCCGGACCGAUACUUGUUGAUUGCUACCAGUGGAGGGCUAAAUCAACAGCGAACAGGGAUCAUAGAUGCUGUUGUUGCAGCAUAUAUAUUGAACGCAACUCUAGUCAUUCCCAGGCUAGACAAGCAAUCCUAUUGGAAAGAUACCAGUUGUUUUGCUGAAAUAUUCGAUGUCGACUGGUUCAUUUCGUCUCUCUCUCGGGAUGUCAAAAUCAUCAAAGAGAUACCAACAAAGGAUGGUAAAGCUUGGAUUCCACGUACCAUGCGUGUCCCUAGGAAGUGUGAUCCGGAAUGCUACAAGACUCGUGUUCUACCUGUUCUACACAAAAAGCAGGCUGUUGAGCUUACAAAGUUCGAUUACCGGCUUUCGAAUGGUUUGGACCCAGAUUUACAAAAACUGAGAUGCAGGGUAAACUACCAUGCUCUAAAGUUCACAGAUCCGAUUCUUGAAAUGGGGAAACUCUUGGUUGAAAGAAUAAGGAUGAAAGCCAAGCAUUUUAUUGCCUUGCACUUGAGGUUUGAACCCGAUAUGCUCGCGUUUUCUGGAUGUUAUUACGGUGGAGGAGACGAAGAAAGGGCGGAACUCGGUAUGAUCCGGAAAAGGUGGAAAACUUUACAUGUGGACCCUGAAAAAGUACGAAGGAAAGGAAAAUGCCCGUUGACACCGGAGGAAGUCAGUCUAAUGCUAAGAGCAUUGGGGUUUGGAAGUAAUGUUCACGUUUAUGUGGCAUCAGGUGAGAUAUACGGAGGAGAAGAGUCGUUGGCACCGUUCAAAGCACUCUUCCCUAAUUUUCAUUCAAAGCAGACCAUUGCCACUAACGAGGAGUUGGCACAAUUUUCCUCUUUUUCCGGUCGGAUGGCAGCACUGGAUUAUAUCGUUUGUGACGAAAGUGACGUGUUCGUCACAAACAAUAACGGAAACAUGGCUAGAAUGUUAUCCGGUCGGAGGAGAUACUUUGGACACAAACCAACAAUUCGACCCAAUGCUAAGAAGCUGCACAAAUUGUUCAUGGACCGAAACAAUACGACAUGGGAAGAGUUUUCGUCUAAGGUUCGAACUUCUCAGAUCGGCUUCACGGGAGCUCCGAAGGAAGCUCAACCCGGGAAGGACGAGUUUCAUGAAAACCCAGAUAGCUGUUUAUGUCAGACCGAAGGAGUUGAAACAAUUCAGAAUCUAACUUCUGUGGAACAUGAAAAGAAGAACAGGAUGGAUGCUCUUCAAAUGAGUUAUGAAUAUGAUCCAGAUUGGAUCGAUGAUGAUUAUUUAGAUAGCAUUGGUGUGUACAAGGGGCUGCCUUAUAGGGAAAGCAGUGUGGUUGAAGAGUUCAGUAUAGACUAA